GCUAAAACAAAACUCCCCUGUCGUCUUUGUUUUCUGAGUUUGCGAUCCAUCCAUGGCUUCCACUCUCUCCAACCAGCUUGAGCUUCAACCCCACUUUGUAUUAGUUCCUCUCAUGGCUCAAGGCCACAUGAUCCCCAUGAUCGACAUCGCCACUCUUCUUGCACGUCGCGGCGUCUUCGUCACCUUCGUCACCACCCCAUACAAUGCUACCAGGUUGGAAUCAUUCUUCGCUCGAGCUAAACAAUCUUCCCUAUCGAUUUCGCUUCUCGAAAUCCCCUUCCCCUGCCUGCAAGUCGGCCUCCCGCUCGGCUGCGAGAAUCUCGACACUCUGCCAUCUCGUAGCCUUCUUAGAAAUUUCUACAAAGCUCUGUCUUUGCUUCAACAGCCAUUAGAGCAAUUCUUGAGUCGUCAUCAUCUUAAUCCCACUUGCAUAAUUUCAGAUAAGUAUUUAUAUUGGACUGCUCAAACAGCCCACAAAUUCAAAUGCCCACGAGUGGUCUUUCAUGGAACUGGCUGUUUCUCACUUUUGAGCUCACACAAUCUCCAACUUUACAGCCCCCACACCUCUAUUGAUUCUAAUUCCCAGCCAUUUUUAGUGCCUGGAUUACCUCAUAAGAUUGAAAUUACAAAAUCCCAGCUUCCUGGAUCCUUAAUAAAGUCCCCGGAUUUCGACGAUUUUAGAGAUAAAAUAACAAAGGCAGAACAGGAAGCAUAUGGGGUUGUGGUGAAUAGCUUUUCAGAACUUGAAAAUGGAUAUUACCAAAAUUACGAGCGGGCGAUUAGUAAGAAACUAUGGUGUAUUGGACCGGUUUCGCUUUGUAACGAAAAUAGCAUAGAGAAAUACAACAGGGGAAACAAAGCAUCAAUAGAACAGAGCAAUUGCUUAAACUGGCUUGAUUCAAUGAUCCCAAAAUCAGUUCUUUACAUCUGUCUCGGAAGUUUAUGUAGAAUGCUUCCUUCACAGCUCAUCCAACUUGGUCAGUGUUUAGAAUCUUCAACUCGUCCAUUCAUUUGGGUAAUCAAGAACAGAGAUGAGAACUGCUCUGAGUUGGAGAAAUGGCUAUCAGAAGAGGAAUUUGAGAGGAAAACCAAAGGCAGGGGAUUGAUAAUCAGAGGGUGGGCUCCUCAGCUGUUGAUUCUGUCGCAUUGGUCCACCGGAGGGUUUCUAACGCACUGUGGGUGGAACUCGACGGUCGAGGGGAUUGGGAAUGGGGUGCCGAUGAUCACUUGGCCACAAUUUGCAGAGCAGUUUUUGAAUGAGAAAUUGGUGGUGGAGAUUUUGAAGAUUGGAGUGAGGGUUGGAGUGGAAGGGGCGGUGAGAUGGGGAGAAGAGGAAAGAGUUGGAGUAAUGGCGAAGAAGGAAGAGAUUGAGAAAGCAAUUGAAAUGGUGAUGGAUGGUGGAGAAGAAGGAGAAGAAAGAAGAAGAAGAGUUGGAGAUUUGAGUAAAAUGGCUCCUAAAGCUAUGGAAAAUGGUGGAUCUUCUUAUGUUAAUUUGUCACUCUUCAUUGAAGAUGUAAUGGCUCAAUCUGCUCAUCUCAAGGCUUAACUCUUUUCUUUUUCAAAUUUACAUGUUAAGUGUGCAUAAGUUGAUCUCAUUAAUUAGUAUAUUUUGAAUGUAUUUUGUUUGUGUUA